AGGGAAAAACUGGUUUUUGUUGCAGAACCAACUCGUCAAAUUAAUCCAAACCUCAUACACAACCAAGAACACAGUGAGGACUUGAGAUCCAUGGAUUACGAGUAUAUUCUGGGAGGAAUCCUAGCUUCUGGUUUAGUGCUUGCGUUUCUUGUUGCAUCAAAAUUUUCAGAAAAGAGCAAGCUGGUCAAGAGUAGUUCAUCAUAUGUACACGUGAAAACAAAUGGUUUUGCAGAAUCAUCAAAAGAUCCAGAGGUUGAAGACGAUACUGAUGUAAUCAUUGUGGGAGCUGGAGUUGCUGGUUCAGCUCUUGCUUAUACACUUGGAAAGGACGGAAGAAGAGUUCAUGUGAUUGAAAGAGACUUGAAAGAACCUGACAGGAUUGUGGGUGAAUUGUUACAGCCUGGAGGCUACUUGAAGUUAGUUCAAUUGGGUCUUCAGGAUUGUGUGGAUGAGAUUGAUUCUCAGAAAGUGCUUGGGUACGCACUGUACAAAGAUGGGAGAAGCACCAAAAUCCCAUAUCCUUUGGACAAGUUUGAGUCUGAUGUCUCCGGCAGAAGCUUUCACAAUGGCCGUUUCAUACAGAGAAUGCGACAAAAAGCUUCGUCUCUUCCAACUGUGAAACUAGAACAAGGAACAGUGACAUCCCUUGUAGAAGAAAAAGGAACAAUCAAAGGAGUACACUACAAAACAAAGAGUGGACAAGAGCUCAUUGCAAAGGCUCCCCUUACUAUUGUUUGUGAUGGCUGUUUCUCCAACUUGAGGCGUUCUCUUUGCAACCCUAAGGUUGAUGUGCCGUCUCAUUUUGUUGGCCUAGUGCUGGAGAACUGUGACCUUCCAUAUGCAAACCAUGGGCAUGUAAUAUUGGGCGAUCCUUCUCCCAUCUUAUUCUAUCCAAUCAGUAGUACUGAGAUUCGGUGUUUGGUCGACGUUCCCGGCCAAAAACUACCUUCCCUUGCUUCCGGUGACAUGGCUCAUUACUUGAAAACUGUAGUAGCUCCUCAGAUUCCACCGGAGUUGUAUGAUAAGUUCAUAGAAGCGAUAGAGAAAGGAAACAUAAGAAGCAUGCCAAACAAGAGCAUGCCUGCGUCUCCUUAUUCCACACCUGGUGCUCUUCUCAUGGGAGAUGCCUUCAACAUGCGCCACCCUCUAACUGGUGGAGGCAUGACCGUCGCCCUCUCCGACAUCGUCGUUCUCAAGAAUCUUCUCCGACCUCUACGUGAUCUCCACGACGCCUCAGCUCUCUGCAAAUAUCUCGAAUCUUUCUACACCCUUCGCAAGCCAGUGGCAUCAACAAUAAACACACUUGCAGGUGCACUGUACAAGGUGUUCAGUGCAUCACCAGAUCCAGCAAGGAAGGAGAUGAGACAAGCAUGUUUUGAUUACUUGAGCCUUGGAGGUGUUUUCUCUGAGGGACCAGUGGCCUUAUUGUCUGGUCUAAACCCUAAACCUUUGACUUUGGUUCUUCACUUCUUUGCUGUUGCCAUCUUUGGUGUUGGACGCCUGCUCUUCCCUUUCCCUUCACCACAACGCAUUUGGAUCGGUGCUCGAUUGAUUUUAGCAGCGUCAGGUAUCAUAUUCCCCAUAAUCAAGGCUGAAGGAGUGAGACAAAUGUUCUUCCCUGCAGUUGUGCCUGCGUAUUAUAGAGCACCUCCUGUUCAACCAUAGAAUGUCACAUCACGCAAUACCUAAUAAGGUUAUUAUAUAUUAUGGAAAAAAAAAACAUUGUGGUGGUGUAUUUUUGCCCCUAGUUUAGAGGGAGAUAAAACUGUAAAAUUUUUAGGUAGAAAAGAGUUUUUUUUUUGAAUAAUUCAUGUUAAAAAAUAAUGGUUAAAUUAUGCAUAACUUACUGCUCAAGUUCGGGUUAUUUGUAGA